UUUAACCAGCUAACCAGCAGCAUUUUUCUCGUCUUACAUAUCCCCGUGUGUGUCCGACUUCGACUUUGACUCCGUCUACGUUUUUCUUCACUUGCGAAAAAUACUUUAAAAUAUGCAUUAACAAAUGCCUAUCGAAUAUACUGAAAUCGUCUCUCGAAACACCAAAUGCAGCUGUAAUUGUUGAAAGCCCACAUUUCAACUAUUGAACAAUUUACCGUUAAAGUUAUUUUUCCCUUUUUUUGUUGGUUUUAAGUUUUUCUAUUUGGUGUGAGUUGCUGCUAUUUGCAAAAAUAUUAAAAAAAAAAAAAACGACAGGAGCGAAACGGACACGGCUGCGGGCAUAAGGCGCCAAGAGUACAAAAGAAAUAAAUAUAAAUAAAAAUGUAGAGUAAAUUCAACUCUCAAUUCGACUAUUGCUAACCUAGUUUCACUUCCCAAACAACAAAAAUCAACAAAAAAAAACCCAGAAAUAAUCUAAAAGACAAAAAAAGAAGCAGAACACAAGAAACUAUUAUUGCAACGGUGUUAAAAGAAACAACAAGAAAAUCAUUAUCCCAAGAAAAAAAGAUAAAGCUAAAGAAGAAGUAGAAGAAUAAAGCAGCAGCAGAAAGAAGCUGUGCCCCCUUUUUAGAUAACCUUUUGAAGCAACCUUCAGAUCGGCUUUAGCAGCAGGACGACUCAUGUUACAAAAAUGAAAAAGUUCACAUUCAAAGGAGUUCUGGAUGGAUUUCGACAAACCGUACAGCCACAAGCCAUACGCCAGGAGCAGGAGAUACUCGAACAAUUAAAGCCCGAGCAUUUUACAUUGAAAAAAACCUUUCGCCAUGGCUUUCCAUAUUCACCCACAUCCUUUGCCUUUGAUCCAGUACAAAAACUAUUAGCGAUUGGUGAUAAAUCCGGCUAUAUACGCAUCUUGGGCCGACCUUGCGUCGAUGCGCAUGCCAAACAUGAAGGUGAAUCGGAAUGCGCCGUCCUCUUCGCCCAGUUUCUGGUGAACGAGGGCGCUUUGGUGACGGUCACAGCCGACGAUACAAUACACUUGUGGAACAUACGCCAAAAGACGCCGCGCAUUGUGCAGAGUCUCAAAUUUCAGCGCGAGCAUGUCACUUGCAUACACUUGCCCGUGGGCAGCAAAUGGCUGUACGUGGGCACCGAGAAGGGUAACAUACACGUCGUUCACAUAGAUACAUUUGCACUUAGUGGAUAUAUUAUUAACUGGAAUAAAGCAAUUGAAGUGGUUAGAACUAGUCAUCCAGGUGCUGUGAUUGCGUUAUGUGAUAAUCCAUUGGAUGCAAACAAGUUGCUUAUUGCAUUUGAGUGUGGGCUGCUUGUGUUGUGGGAUCUGAAGGCGAAGGCCGCUGAGUUUCGAUGGCAAGCAGCGGAGGCGGUUAAAUCGUUGGCCUGGCAUUACGAGGGCAAAUACUUUGUAUCCUCACAUACGGACGGAUCGAUUUGCUCGUGGCCGACCAAGGCGCAGCCGAAACCCCAGUCUCAAGUUUGUCCGCAUGCGAAAAUCAACAAGGAUGGCAAUGCGGAAAAAUGUAAACCGAUUUAUAAAGUUGACCUCAAGUCAAGCACAACUGGCGAAACCUUUACAAUUUUCUCUGGCGGCAUGCCAUCGGAGAAGGGCUCAAAGUCGAAUUGCAUCACAGUUAUGGUGGGCAAGACCACAACCGUUUUGGAAAUGGAGCAUGCCGUUUGCGAUUUCAUUACCCUCUGCGAGAAUCCUUGGCCCUGCGAAACCCAGGAACCAUAUGCGAUAGCUGUGUUGCUUCAAUAUGACUUAGUAUUAAUAGACUUAUUAACGCCCGGUUUUCCAUGUUUUGAAUCGCCUUAUCCAAUGGACUUACACGAAUCACCUGUUACAUGUUGCACAUAUUUAACCGAUUGCCCAUCGGAUUUGGUUCCUGCUUUCUAUUCUGUUGGUCGCACAACGACAAGUAAAAAGACAGGCUUCUCGGAGCGCGAAUGGCCCAUUUCGGGUGGCGAAUGGUCGCCAGCCUCGUGCAGUUAUUCGGAAAUUGUCAUCACUGGCCAUCAGGAUGGGUCACUUAAGUUCUGGGACUCUGGCGCUGGCACACUCCAGAUUUUGUACAAAUUGAAGACGGCGAAAAUAUUCGAGAAGCCGCGUCAUGUUAGCCACUCGGAUAGCGAUAAUCCAUUGGCAGUGCAUUUGAUAUUUUUAUGCUCGGAGUCGCGGCGACUCUGCGUCGCCGGCGCGAUGGGCCAGGUAAUGUUGUUCAAGUUUCGCAAGGUCGAAUCCACAUCGGAGGUGCUGGUGCUGGAGAUACCAAUACUCUAUGAGAAUUUUGAUGACAUCUAUGGCACCAGUCCGGAAUGCGAUUUUCUCACUGGACAUCAGGUGCAGAAGACCGAAUCGAGUGAUUCGGAUAAGACGGAGUGCACGCUGAAGGUGCGCUUUGGUGCUCAGCGGAAGCCGCCGGGCUUUCAAUCCCAAUUGGUUUGUCUAACAACGGGUCCCAAUCGUCGCACCGUACAGGUGACAUCGUUGUGCAUCAACUCUAGCUAUGGACUAAUGGCUUAUGGUACCGAAUAUGGACUUGUCAUAAUUGAUAUAAUCCAAAAAAUUUGCCUAUUGAGUGUUGCAUGUCCCGAUCUGUAUGGCGCACACGAUCCUUAUUCGCGAACACCAAAAAGUCCAAAACGCAUUGAAAGCAAAGAGGAGCAAAGCCGUUCGCCCAGUUCUGAUCAGCUGAACGAUACGACCAGCCCGGACAGUCCGUCGAUUGAGUUCAUACCCGAGGCGAAUGAAGCAGCGCUGUCAGCAACAACGGCAUCGACGUCGGCCGCUACGCCCGCGUCGGCAGCAACGGGCGACACAAGCUCACGGCCCACAUCACCGCUGGGCGUGGCCGAUGUUAUCAACAGCACAAAAGAGUCGCUAAUGAGCAAUGCCAGCGCAGUGACGGCUGGAGCGCUGGCCGCGGCCAAAAGUCCGCAGCGUGAUGAGGUGGGCGUGGCACCCAAAGAGCUGCAGGAUCGCCGCAAGUCGAUGUCAUGGAAAACGUUCAAUUUGAAGCGUCAAUUAUCAAAAGUCAAUAUGAAAAUCGGGGGCGGCAGCCCCAAUGUCAAUACGGAGCUGGAGUCCAUGCGGAACAGCUCCUCCAUAUUCUAUGCGACCAAAGAGAGUUCGCCCGAAGGCGCCGAGGAUCUGCCAGUUGAGGCGCUCGAGUGCCGUGAAGAGGAUGUCGGCCUGGCAGCGGCCAGUGCAAUGCUCAAUUGUGAUACAGGCGAUGCGCCGGCUGUGACGCCGACUGCGACGCCGCCGCAGAAGCGUGUCGAUUUUGAGCAGCCGCCCGAGAGCGGCGAGAGGCCCAAUAAUUUGCCAUUGAGCGAGGCGCAACAAGGACAGCAACAGCUACAGCAGCAGCCGCCAUUGAAGCCGACACGGCAAAAGUUCAAAGAGAAGUCGCGCGAUCAGCGCCUGCUCUCGGUGCCGAACAUCAAAUAUCAGCCGAGAGAGCAGCGCGCGGGCGCCAUUGGCAUCGGAGCUGGCGCUGGGCGGGCCAAUAAGAACGAUGUGUCGCCAAUGAUGAGCGGCAGUCUAACCAAAAAGAUACAUAAAUUAGAUGGCACCUUCUCGAGAUCCAGAUCGUCAUCAAUGUCGAGCAUUGAUAUGUCUUCCUCUGAAUCUGUUACCUGUUUAGCUUUUAUCGAGAGUUAUGCAAAACGCAAUGAUAUUUUGACACUUGUUCCUACUUUAUGGAUUGGAACUAGUUUCGGUUCAAUAUUGACAUUGUUCAUAACAAUGCCGGAGCGCGAUGUGCGCAAAUCGCAGCCAGUGUUGGUUACAAUAAACGGUGGACCCGUGGUACGACUCAAAGGUUCCAUAACUUCCAUGUCUUUUUUAGACUCGUAUGGCUCGAUCAUACCCUAUACAUUUGAGCCUUGGCGCGACGAGAAUCGGGAUAAGAAAGAUCGCACGCCCACUAAGAGCAGCAGCCGCACCAGCCCCACAUUUACACCAACAACUGCCAAUACAAUAUCAAACACUUCGGUUGCUGGCGGUGCUGGUAGCGCAGCUGCAGCGGGCAGCACAGCGGCUGGUGGUGCUGGAGGCGCUGCAUCAGCGGCGAGUGGGGCAGGCGCAACAGGUAGCAGUGGCAGCGGCAGUGCAACGGGCGGUGGCGGCGCCGGUGUCGGCGGCAGCGGCGGCGGCAUCAGCAGCAGCAGCGCCAGCAGCAGCGGCAUCAGCGGCAGCGUUAGCACCGGGCUGGAAACACUCACCGAUCGACAAUAUAUAGUUAUCGCUAGCGAAAAGCAGACAAAGGUCUUUGAUGUGGCCAAUCAGUGCUGCAUUAAUCGCAUACAAUUAUCGGAAAUGGAUUUCGCAGUCAAGGCAGAAACUAUCACGAUGAAAGAUGGCUCUUGCUUAGCAACCUAUCUUUCGAAUGGCCAUCUAAUGGUACAUAGUCUUCCUAGUCUAAAACUGUUAUUGGAUACUGAUUUCUUACCGCUUAUGGACUUAAGUUUUCAAACCAAAUGUAAACAGGGAAUUGUGGAUCCAAUGCUUUCGAUAUGGGGUCAACAGAUCAUUGUUCAUGAAGAUACAACUCAAAUAUCAAAAAUCUUUUGCUUUAGUCAUAAAGGUCAUGGAUUGUACAUGGCAUCGCCCACCGAAAUUCAGAAAUUCACGAUAUCAUCGGAAUUUUGUCAAUUUAUUUUGGAGAUGAUGGGUGAUUUAUAUACGGUACACGAAAUGCCCGAACAGCCGAAGGAGGGUUUCUUUAAGGGUCUAUUUGGCGGUGGAGCCAAACUUUUGGAUCGCGAAGAGUUGUUUGGUGAACAGAGCGGGAAAGCAAAUCGUUCGGUUGCCCGUCAUAUACCCGGCCCCAACUUGGAGCAGCUGGGCCAACGGGCAUCGACGGCCGCCUCGGAGAUCAGUCGGGCCCAUCAGCUGGCGAUGGAGCGUGGCGAGAAAUUGAAUUUGUUGGAGGAGCGCGCGGAGCGUAUGGCCAAUACAGCUCAAGAUUUCAGCGGUACAGCGCAUCAAUUAAUGCUUAAAUAUAAAGACAAAAAGUGGUAUCAGUUGUAAAAUAUCUAUUUUAGGAGCCAAUUCUACCACAGUUAUUGUAAUAUUGCUUUUAUAACACUUUCUACUACAUUACGAGUAAAGUACACUUAUUUAAUUUC